AACACACACUCCCAUUCCCCCCCUUCUUCUCUAGUAAGAACGCAAAGCGUUAAUUACUAAUUACUCUCUCUCUCUCUCUCUCUCUCUCUCUCUCUCAUCUAAUCAUAAUCAUCAUCAUCCAUGUUCCUCUCUUCUCCUCUUCCUUCUUCCUAGUCUCUCUCUUUGUAACCACCGAUCAUGGCGGCUACGUUUGAUGGAUUCUGCAUAAGGGACUACACAUCGAAGAUGAGGUCCGUCGACGUUUUCAAAUGUUGGCCAUUCACAUCCACAACCUCACGUGACGUCACGCGUGAGGAAGUUCAGUCAUGGCUUCCGCCGAUGACUCUCCCCGGUAACCGCUGCCCUAGAUCCAACAACCACAACGCGCCAAAUCCCGAGAAUCUCCCUUCACCUCAGCAAGAUUCUGGAACUGACGACGACUUCAGCGAGGGAGAAUCGGAGAAAUCCGAUAACUCCGCUCCUCCUCUCGAUGCCGACGCCAACGAGGAUGAGAAAUUGGAGAUGGUUUGUCCGGUUUGCCGCGAAUUCCACGCAGCCACGCUCACGGCGGUGAACGCGCACAUAGAUGGAUGCCUCGCGCAGACCAUGAGGGAGGAGCGUCGCCACAUGAGGAUGAUUAAUUUGAAGUCGUCCAAGUCCAAGGCGCCGAAGAAGCGUUCCAUCGCCGAGAUUUUCAAGGUGGAGGAGGAGGAACAGCAGCAGCAGCAGCCGCAGCAGCAAAUCGAGAGCGUGUUGAAGUACUGGCCGUUCCGUGAGGACGCUGACGAUGUGUCGAUUACCGUUACGAAGUUCCAGUGGCUCUCUCGCCGCCUCGAGGCGCUGAGAUCCAAGCGCGGAGGUGGCGAAUCGGCGAAAUCGGACCAAGGAGACCCCGCGGAGGAGGAGAAGUUAGAGAUGGUUUGUCCUGUUUGCCGAGAUUUCAACGCCGCCACCGUGACGGCGGUGAAUGCGCACAUCGACGGUUGCCUCGCUCAGGCCGUUAGGGAAGAACGGCGGCAGAUGAGGAGGACAACUGGUUUCAAGCACAAACCGAAGGCACCGAAGAAGCGCUCGAUCGCGGAGAUUCUCACGGUGGCGCCGCCGAUCGAAGCCGGCAAAAGCAAGGUGAUUGAGGUUGGGGAAGAUGAGAACAAAUCCGAUUAUGGCGGUGGGGAUUCAACUAGUACUUCUGCUGCUGCUGCUGUUUCGGUAAUCAGGAGCAAGAAGAAUACGAACAAGAAUAGGAAGAAGAAAAAGACAAAGAAGGCGAAGAAGAAGAAAAGCAAGGUGGAAAAGCAUAGUGAUAGUGGUGUGUCAUUCCUGAACAACGAGAAGACGACGAUUGUGAGUAAGAAAAAGAAGAAGAAAAAGAAGAAUGUCUUCAACAAUGGGCCAACUGGGAAGAAGGAUGGUGCUUACAAGCGCAUGCUGCAAACUGCAGCAAAUAGUUCCAGAAAACUAAAAGGUAGAAUUGGUAAUAAAAUGGUUGCAGUUCACGAGGUUGAUCCUUCUGUCCAUAGAAAGAAAUUGGGUUUAAAUGGUUUAUCAGUGGAAAAGAAGCAACAAGUUAAAAACUGCGAUCUAGUUGGAAAGCAACAAAAAGCAGUAUCUCCUGUUCAUGGCAUUCUUAAGAACCACUUAAAACAUGUUUCUGAGAAGACAUCAAGUGGCUGUAGUAUUCGAGAUGGUACGGAAGAAAGUCAUUACAAUGAUCAAGUGCCAACCUUGGACAGACAUGUGAAAUUCUCUGGUAAAGACAAUAAUAUACUUGGUCCAAAAAGGAGAAAUUCAUUUGACGAAGCAAUGUUCAACAUGUCUUCAGGUGCGAUGGCUAUUUCACUACUAAAGGAGAAGUCCUCUGGAAGUGAUGAAGAAACUGCAAGUUUGGAGACAAACAGAAAUUAUGACCAUAUUGCUGUGAAUAUAGACAGAGACAAGAGAGAGGAGGUUUCCCCUAUAGUUGAAAGUAAACAUUUUUCUAUCUCUUUGGAACAAGUUACUGUACAAAGUUUCUCGAAACCAUGUACCAAUCAAGAGAAGUCAAAGAACUUGGAAGAAAAGUCUGAAUUGUUGGCCAAGGUGGCAGUUUGUGACAAUAAUAGUUCACAGGUUUGUGAUGGAAGCAACACAACCACACUGCAUUGUUCUCCAUUUGCUGACAUUUCUAGACCUCUUUCAGCGGUUCAAGAACAGCAGAUGUCUGGUAUAAAUACACGAGCGUGUGAAUCUGCAUCUUUCAGCUACAGUGGAAAGUUAGAUCAUUUGGAUAAUCCAACUUUUCAGGUUGAUGCUGUGAACUCGAAUGAAGAUACAAAGACAUUUCUGGAGCCUUCAUCGUCCUAUUCUGCUUCAUAUAAUAAAGGAAAUGAAAAACCAGAAUCUCCAUUGCAAAGCUAUGGAGAUAAUGAUGACAGUGGCGAGGACAGACAGUUGACUCAUUUGUUAUCUGCAGACAUGAUUGACAGCUCAUUCCCCUUUACACGCUGGGCAAAAGGAAGCGUAAGAAAUAGCUGUCUGGAUCCGAAUUUUUUUGGUUUGCCACUCAAUUCUCAUGGUGAACUAAUCAACUUCAGUUCAAAUGAAGAAGUAGGGAUGAAACAGGCAGAGACAUCAAGUGCAUUACCAGGUUCUUUAAGUGGCUUGUCUUUUAAUAAUAUUCUCCAUCAAAGUAACCAGCAAAACUUAACCUUUAAUGAGAGGCAUGCUGUUCAGAAGCAAUUACCCAACGAUGGUCUCAAUCCAUUUCCACAUCAUCCAACCAGAUUAGCUGUCACCGAGAUACAAUGUAGAGAGAGAGAAGAUAUCUGCCGACCGAAUAUUGAUAUGUGUUCCAGUCAUUAUGUCCCGCCACUUAACUCAGAGUUGAACCUUAAGAAAAAUUCGUUCACUGAACAGACUCAACGUGAACAGGUGCGGAACCACAAUGGAAAUGGGAUGAUUUAUCUGAAAGAUCAUGUCUCACUAAGCUCCAGCCAACCAACAGUGAGGUUGAUGGGUAAAGAUGUUCCAAUUGGUAGAAGCAGCCAAGAGAUGCAACAAUUUGCGGGAGAUGUUUGGAGUGAGGAAGAAUCCAGAAGAAAGAAUUAUUCUGAAUAUGCUGCUUUUGAACCCUCUUUAUUGGGAAGAAACUCUAAGCAGGAUUCGGUAUCUGGUUCACCUUUACAGAUAUCAACUGGCAAUGUAUUGCAAUCAGCAAAAAUUCAGAGCAAUCAGGCCUUGCAAAGCACCUUAUGGAUGAGUGGUACAGACUCUGGAUUUCCUAAACAGUUUAUGGAUCUGCAAAGUAAUCAUGUAUCUCAAAAUGGAAGUCUUGAUGUUGACAGAAACGACAGUUCUUAUUUCAAUCCCAUUGCUCAAAAAUCUACUUCAUAUGCAGUAUUUGAUGGGGCAUCUGAUGACUUUCGAGAGCAGUUUAUACCUGGAGCUAAACCUGUAGGACUGAGCUCUCAAUCACUGGCGCUACCUACUCCUGGCAGUUUUAGUAACUUGACACGUUUAAGCAAUGGUGAAAUGAAUGACAGGAACCAAAAUCCCCAUGUCACAAAAUCAGUCUUCGGAUUUCCUUUCUUGCAGCCAGCUGUAAAUGAACAGGCCAAAACAUCUUGGUUUCAGAGGCCCUACAGAAAUUUACCAUCGUGGUUGUCAAGCUCAACAGAUGAAAUGCUUCCAAGGACCUUUUCUCAGCAAAUUUCUGGCGAAAGUAAUCGAAGUUUUCCUCAAAAUAUUUGGGGAAAUAAUUUUACUACGCCAUCUGUGAAUCAUUCAACAGAAGUUUGCUUUUCUUCUAAUCCUCUGACUUCUCUGGGUCCCAUGAAGACGACUCCUCUUUCUCCAGCAUCAAUUGUUCAACAUCCAUAUAUUCCAGUUACACCCUCUACCAUAAAUAGUGGUAAUAGAAACAUAAAUAAGGUCGCUGACAGAGUGAAGUUGGAUGAUAUGAUCACCAAAGACUAUCAUCCGUGCACAAAUAGCAGGAAGAGAUCCGCAGCUAAUCUUGAUGAUUCCAGAAAACCUAUGAAGUUACCGAAUAUAGAAGUGCAAGAAAACUUGAGUCGUGUGACUAGGUUUACUAGUGAAAAGUCGAGCUUAGAAUUGCAUCGAAACACGAGAGCGGUCGAACUCGAUCCACAAAUGGACAGUACUAGGAGUAGAUGUUGUCAAAAUGAGGCACAAAAUCUAAAUCCUAGAAGUUAUCCUGCCCUUGAUUCUUUUAAACUGGACGGCAUGGUAACAUCAGGUCCUCUCCGACUUGGUCCUAAAAGAGCUAAGCACAUCCUAAAGUCCUCUUAAAAUGUGGAUCAGGAUGACAAACUAUUCUGCCACAUUCUCAUUUGCGACAACUGACAGUGAUAGUUGAUCUAGAAAUUCAGAAAAGAAAUGACAAAAGUAUACUGAUUUUAGGUGUAAGUCAUAUCAUUUCAUAUCUGUUUUUCCUCCAUAGUAUAUAUCCAUUAGACAACAUAACAGGAUUGUCCAUGUAUCAAUAUUGCCAGGUCGCUGAAACCGGUGGAAAUUUGAUAUAAUUCCAUCCAGUCUUUUGAUACAUCCAGCUCUCAGUUUUGAAGUUUUAAGCCCUUUACAGAAUUUUAUCCCCAAAGAUGACGUUUUGGAUAUCUAUUUUUGAUUCAGCCUGCACAUAUUUUAAAAAUAAAAGAAUGUUUAAAACACGGA